ACCGAGUUUAACCCGACUGUAUCAAACCAUUAUCAAUCCAAUCCGAUCAUGGAUGAAACCGUUUUCAAUCUAAUCCAAUUUUCAGUUGUAGAUUUGACACCGUUUUCAUAUGAAGUUAAACUAGACCGGUCCGUUGAAGUUGAAAUCGCGCUCAUUGAUUCCGGAGCCGACGCCUCCGAAUUCGACUGCGAUGGCCUUACCCCGACCGAUGCACGCUGCUAAGCAUGGCCAUGGCGACGUCGUCAAUUCCCUUCUCGAAGCUGUCUCUCCUUGGAAGUUGGAACGCUCUUUCCGCUUCUAAUCACUCCGCUGGCAACUUCGCUAUGGAUGCCGGCAACCAGGAAGCAUUCGAUAUCAUCCUCAAUUCUGGUAUUUUCUUUGACACUUAUGGGGAGUAUUAUAAAGAUUUGAGGGAGUUCCAUCAACAUCUGCCCAAGUUGUUGAGACCUGGAGGGGAUUUAUUCGUUCUUCAAUGGGCUAUGUGGAGGUAAAUAGGCAAUGCAUUCUUCUAUAUAGUUUACUGUAAUUUAGUUUCGCUAGAGUGCGAGAAUCUGGGGUACUCGACGCAGUUGAUUCCCUUUCCUGUUAAGGAAUGCUUUGCCGAAGAUGUUUGGGAAGGAGUGAGACACAAGUAUUGGCAGCUUGAUACCUGCUACCUCCAUGUUUGUCAGUCUUCACAGGAUUCUGAAAGACUAUUAUCUAAAAUCUGAAUUAUUGAGAGAUUCUUAUAAUUAAACAUGGUUGUUUCUUCUGCU